AAGCUUUCAGUUCUAAAACGACUCGUCAGUUACUACUACUUUCACUACUAUUCCCGCCACUUUUUCAUGUAUUUGAGCAAUUAUCCGACCGUAUUAUAAUAAUCUAAUAUUAAAAAUUCUACUAAUGCCUAAAAAUAUCAAAUGAAAGUAUCUAUGAAGAGUGCCAGAUUUCCAAUGUCAUCGUCCUCUGAUUCUGAAUAUUCUGAACAAUCUGGUGCUGAAGAAUCGGACAGCUCCUCUAUUGUUACAAGUUUCGAAUCACAGGUCUCAGCAAGAGAUUAUUACAAGAAAGGUUCCAAAAAAUAUGCCAAAAAUAUUGAAACUGAUAAAAAUAAAUCUAGAGCAGCAAUGUUAGAGUCUGUUAGACGAAGUCCCCGUACGAAACAGGCAAGACCAAGUACAUUAAAAGGGCCUGGAAGCUCCCUUGGAAAGAAAGAUAAACCCAGUACAUCAAAAGGGUUUGAAAGUCCCCGUGGGAGGAAAGCAAGACCUAGUACAUCAAAAGGGUCUGAAAAUUCCCAAAGAAAGAGAGGUAGAUCUAAGAAAAUACACAGUAAAUCAAAAAGGCCUGAAAGUCCCCGUGUGAAGAAAGUCCCCAGUGCACCAAAAGAAUUUAAAAGUCCCCAAAAAGGAAGACAUGAAACACCAAGAGAAGGUGAAAAACAUAGCAGAGGGAGGUCCGUUGAUGUAACUCGUAAACUAUAUAACCCGAAAAUCUUAAGUGAACAUGAACCACCCAAUGAAACAAGAACGAAAAUAGGUGUAACAGAAUCUUCAGAGAGAAGAAACGAUAACUCUUUAAUCAGAGAAGAGGUCCCACCAAGUGUUCCCUCUGGUUCAAAACGUAGAAAAUCUGGUAUGCCUAGAAGAAGGGGAAAUAAAGCUAUAAAGGAAAUUCAAAUAUGCCAAAAAGAAACUAAACUGCUGUUAGCAAAAUUACCUUUUGCUCGUGUAAUAAGGGAAAUCGCUGAUCAAUAUCUACCAGGUUUGAGAUGGCAAGUUCUGGCUAUUGAGGCAUUGCAGGAGGCUUCAGAAAUGUAUCUCGUUCAUUUAUUUGAAGACUCUGUUCUCUGUACCAUUCACAGAAGUCGUGUGACUUUAAACGUGAGGGAUAUGCGUUUGGCUAAACGUAUACGAUCACGAUUUGAAGACUUUUAGUAAACUUUACAAAUCGGGUUUCAUAAAAUUAUUUUUGUUUUGUAAUUUUCAGGCUUUUUUUUUUUUUUUUUUAAACUGUCCUAAAAAAUUAUUUUAAUUUAAAAUGUGAAUGUUUUAAGGGAACACAAUGAAUAACUUUUGAUACUUCACAUUGUUUAUUCUUAUUUUUCAUUAAGAAAUUUAUUGGGAUGGAUAGUGCUUUAUAAUUUAUAAAUUAUUAAUGCUUUUUAGUGUUAAUUUUCUUAAUCCUCAAUCGUCAAGGUUUGAUAAAUUAAUUAAAUUAAACUCAUUGUUACGAUUUCGCGGGAAUCAUAGGGAUUGCUGUUCUAACUUGGAAAUUAUAUUCUGGGUUCGAUUCAGGGUUUUACUUUUAAGGCCCAUUUUUGUGAAAAAUAAAAACUUUUUUUCUGAAAACUUCUUAAUUGAUAAACAACAUUCAGUUUUACCAGUAACUAUUUAAGUCCAUGUGUUUUUUGGCGACUUCCUUUUGAUUUUUCAAAUUGAUUCCUGUAUAUUUAAUAAGUUAUUAUGACAUGAUAAUUUCGAAUGGGAGUCACCACUCUUUUCAAAGCCUUCGAUUUGUGAUGAUUCCAUCAGAAUUUUUCAUCGUUGGUUGAUUGUUAAUCAGAAGUUUAUCAAUUUUUCGGCUCUCCUAACAUAGUUUUUCUAUUUCCAAUAUUUUACUAAGUUUUUAUGAUGUUACUACAACGUUCAAUCAUAAAUGCUUUUUAUAUCUCUCAAUUAUGAUUAUAUCUCUAAUAUAUUGUUUAUUUUAUAAUAGAAAAUAAAAUGUUUUUCUUUCUGUAAUGUUUAUGUUUUGAUUUUUUUUUUUCUUAAUAACGGGUCAUAUCUUUUUUAUUUGCUUUCUUUUUGAACAAAUUUGCUUUUAUAUUUUAAUUAAAAAAAUAGGAAAAAAAUAUCACUAAGAGAACAAUUCUAUGUUAAUUUGUUAAGAAAUAUUUAAUUAAUUGAGUAAAUAAGAUUUUAGUUUUUAUUGAAUUCAUAAUGCUAAUAUAUUUAUUGUGGUAUGAUUUAGUAUUUUUAAAAAGAUAUAUUUAUAUAUUUUUCAUUAACUAGUAUCUAUGGUGCUAAACUAAACUUUAGCAUUUAGCUAUUAACUAAAUUUUAGCAUUUAAUUUUAUGAUCAAAUCUGGUGGUUUACUUUUUUUUCUAAUUAAUUUGCAUUGCGUAUUAAUAUUAGUGGCAAGUUAUUCUUUAAUAAUUUUGAUUUAUUAAUUAAGUGGGAUCAUUUCAUCUCUUCAAUAUUUUUAAAUAUUGUAGAAAAAUAGCAUUUUAUUUUAAUUUACAUGGCAUGCGUUGCUUAAUUUUUUUUUCUUCAUUAAAAAUUUCAUUUUUGUUCAUUUUUGCAUCUUUAGCAAAAAGUAAAGUUAAGAGAUCCAAACUUUGCAUCGAUAUCCUGACCAAACUAUGAGGGACAUAUUUCCCAGAUUGCGGCUACCCCCUAUGAGGAGAGAGAGUACGUUUUUGUGAUUUCAUAACUUAAAAUGUCAUCUGCACUAAUUAAUUAGUAUAUUUGAGGUGACCCCCUCAAAUCAUUGAGAUUUAGUCCUAGACCGUCAGAUCAAAAGUUAUUCAGAGUGGUUCUUUUUUUUUUCUUUCUUUUUUUCGUACGCUGCACGUUCCUAUUUCAGUCAAGCCCAUAAGCAGAAUAUUUUCAAAUGUUCUGCAACAGGACUUAUUAAUUUAUACAUAUGCUCUGCAAGCAUUUCACAUCGAAAAAAAGUCAACUUUCGUUAAAAUACUAUAUUUUCAUUUAUUAAAAUACAGGAUCAUACACAGAUACACAACAUUAUUUUUUAAACCAAGGCAAACAUUCUUGAUUUGUUACUUUUUCAAUCACUUUUGAAGUACAAAAUUUUGUUAAUGACGAUGAUGAAUUAUUAAUAAAAUGACUAUGAUAUGAAGGUCCGAACAUUAAAAUAAGAGCUGCCUUAAAUGUCUUUCAAAGGGACAAGUACCCAGAUGGGGCACCAUUUGCAAACACAAACAUUCGCUGGUCUGUUGUUCAAACAACUUCUUAAUCUAUAUCGAAAGCAUUUGGUCUUUUAAAAACAAUUCUGUCAAUCGUGAAUCCCCACGAUUCACAAAAUCUUAGAAUUUUAAUUCUUUUACGGCUUGCUUUCGCAGGAAAACGCUGUCACUUCAAGAUACAAAUUGUUCUGCAGGACUUCAUUUGUUCUGCGACGUACGUCACAGUUUUAGGCACUUUCUGCUUCUGGGCAGUCAAGUACAUAUUUGGGAACCAUUUUCCUGCAAACAAAAUUUUAGUUGUAAAGUUGGUGUUGCAGUGUUUGAAUUCUACACUAUAGUUAUCUUGCUUUAAUACUAGAGUUUUAUAGAAUUGCUCUUUAUAAAUUUAAAAUGAUUUUUUUUAUUUCUUUAAAAGAAAUUAUUUAACUUGGAGACUUGAAAAAUGUCCUAUGCUGUCAUUCAUAACAUUAUGAGUUCAUCUUUUGAGUACAAUUCCUUAUAUGAGUUGUGUAAUAAUGACCUUUAUGUCAGCCAAGUAAUAUUUAAUGAAAUAGAAAUAAAAUGUUUUAUUCAUAUGUUUUUCAUUAUUGUAAGAUAUCAGAGCAUAUUGUCAGUAGAUAACUGUAUGAAGAUGCUAUAUAAGAAUCAUGUGAGUUACAUAUACAUUAAUAUUUUUUUUUUUAUGUGUAAACCAAUUUAAGUGCUUCAUAUUUAAUUGCAAUAGAUAACAGCAAAACCACAAUUUACCAAACUUUGUUAAUUAGCAUUUGCUUCUCUCGGUAUCCAGGCAAUAUUACAUUGAUAGGGCUUGAAAAUGAAUGAUUGUCUUUUUUAAACUGUUAUUUUACAGGUGAAAUGAAAUUAUACUGUAUAUAUCGUACUGUGAUUGAAAUUUUUGUGCUGUGCCCAUCAAAGCAAAAUAUUGAGUUAUUUUAAUGAUGUGUUAUGUUGUGAUUUUAAUGAUUCUUGAUUUACAUACCUAUCUUUAAACUUCGCAAUUAUACUUAAGAAAAUAAGUUUGUCAUUGUUUUUAACUAUGAAACUGGAAAAUGAUUCCUAUAGAGCCUUGAUUUAAAAUUUUUAUUUUUGAAUAAUAUGUUUUUUAAAAUUUCCCUGCCAUGCAACAUAAAAAGUGUUCUUUAUAUUUUUACUCAUUAUUAUGUGCUGGUAAAUAUGGA